UAGGACCAGUGACUUGAAGACAUAGCCUGGUUGUAUAUAUGUUGAAGUAAGGGACAGGAGAACUGGCAUGUCAUUUUGCAAAAGGGCGGCCUAAUACGUACCAGCCAUAAAUUCCAUGAUUCAAAAGGCACAUGAACACUCCGAGCACUCAUCUGUAAAAAGGGAGGUCAUAUCCCUUGCCUUGUGUAACUUACAGGGCUGUUUCAUUCAUUCAUUUAUGUAUUCAGUAAUUACUUACGUGCCAGAUACUGUGCUAGGUGCUGGGAAUACAGUUAUGAACAAUACAGAACUGACUCCUGCCCUCAAAUAGCUUGCUGUAGGGAUGAAUGAAGUAAUGAUUGGGAAAUUGCUCUGCCAACUGUAAAGCACUGCACUGGUCUAAUUGUUUUUCUACUUCUUAUCUCCCAUUAAGACUGCAAUCUCAACUAGUACUACCUGUGGUAGGCUGAGUCAGAAAACCUAGGUUUAGUCUUGACUUCUUCAUUUCCCUAUCUAUACCCUGAAGCAAGUCAAUUCCCCUUUCUAGGCCUCAGUGUUUUGUAAGGUUAAGAUGACUCCUUAUUCAUAUCCAGCUCAGGGUCUGUGAUUGGCCUUAACUAUGAAAGGAAGGGAUUGGUUUCUGGAAGAGAUCUCACUAUAAAGAGGAAAUAGUAGCAGAAAAAGUUGAAAACACCUAGGCACGCUCAACUUUUCUUAGUACGUAUCCUUUCCAGUCUCCACCCACUCCUUUCAUAUUCUAUCCGUAUUCCCCACCUUUAGUGGCUGCGGUCACUUUAAGUGAGCGCCUUCUGUGUAAACGCAGCAGUGGGGCGAAGAUCGCGUUUCAUCCCGGGGUUGACUGCUAAAUGGUUUGUCCGUUUCGGGCUGCCGUUCUGCAGAUCCGCCAUAUUGUCUGCUAAAGCUACCGCUGAAGCUGCCGCCGCUACCGCUGCCGCUGCCGAGUCGGAGCGAGCGGGGCCGCGAUGGAGACCAUGGCGAGCCCAGGGAAGGACAAUUAUCGAAUGAAGAGCUAUAAGAACAAUGCCUUAAACCCUGAGGAAAUGAGGCGAAGAAGAGAGGAAGAGGGCAUUCAGCUCCGGAAGCAGAAGCGAGAGCAACAACUUUUUAAACGGAGAAAUGUUGAGCUGAUUAAUGAAGAAGCUGCCAUGUUUGAUAGUCUCCUCAUGGACUCCUAUGUGAGCUCUACCACUGGGGAGGGUGUGAUCACAAGAGAGAUGGUGGAGAUGCUCUUUUCUGAUGAUUCUGACCUACAAUUAGCAACCACACAGAAAUUCCGGAAACUGCUCUCCAAAGAGCCUAGUCCCCCAAUAGAUGAAGUCAUCAACACUCCAGGAGUGGUGGAUAGGUUUGUGGAGUUUCUGAAGAGGAACGAGAAUUGUACAUUACAGUUUGAAGCCGCCUGGGCUCUAACAAACAUUGCUUCUGGAACCUCUCAGCAGACCAAAAUUGUCAUUGAAGCGGGGGCUGUCCCCAUUUUCAUAGAGCUGCUUAACUCAGACUUUGAGGAUGUACAGGAACAGGCAGUCUGGGCACUGGGAAACAUAGCUGGAGACAGCUCCGUUUGCCGAGAUUACGUCUUGAACUGUUCUAUCCUUAAUCCUUUGUUAACACUCCUUACCAAGUCCACACGACUAACAAUGACACGGAAUGCAGUCUGGGCCCUGUCAAACCUCUGCCGGGGAAAGAAUCCACCCCCAGAUUUUCCAAAGGUCUCUCCUUGUUUGCCUGUGCUAUCUCGCCUACUCUUCAGUAGUGACUCAGACUUGCUGGCAGAUGCUUGCUGGGCCCUCUCUUAUCUGUCUGAUGGCCCCAAUGAGAAGAUCCAGGCAGUCAUAGACUCAGGAGUUUGCCGGAGAUUGGUAGAGCUUCUGAUGCACAAUGAUUAUAAAGUGGCUUCUCCUGCCCUGCGAGCCGUCGGUAACAUUGUCACUGGGGAUGACAUCCAGACCCAGGUCAUUCUUAACUGUUCAGCCCUUCCUUGCCUCCUCCACUUGCUAAGCAGCCCCAAGGAGUCAAUCCGGAAAGAAGCUUGCUGGACCAUUUCAAACAUCACUGCUGGCAACAGAGCUCAAAUACAGGCUGUCAUAGAUGCAAAUAUCUUUCCUGUGUUGAUCGAAAUCCUUCAGAAAGCCGAGUUCCGCACAAGGAAAGAAGCAACGUGGGCCAUCACCAAUGCCACAUCAGGAGGGACCCCUGAGCAGAUCAGGUACCUGGUCUCAUUGGGCUGCAUCAAACCCCUCUGUGACUUGCUGACUGUUAUGGAUUCGAAGAUUGUACAAGUGGCCCUCAAUGGACUGGAGAACAUCCUGCGGCUUGGAGAGCAAGAGGGCAAGCGCAGUGGCUCAGGGGUCAAUCCCUACUGUGGCCUCAUCGAGGAAGCUUAUGGCUUAGAUAAAAUUGAGUUUCUCCAGAGCCACGAGAACCAGGAAAUCUACCAAAAGGCCUUUGACCUCAUUGAGCACUACUUUGGUGUAGAAGAUGAUGACAGCAGCCUGGCUCCCCAAGUGGAUGAAACGCAACAGCAGUUCAUCUUCCAGCAGCCUGAGGCUCCCAUGGAGGGCUUCCAGCUAUAAUGUCUGCCUCCGGGGAGGGGAGGGGAUGGGAAGCACCACCAACCAGUGGAAAAGCAGCCCUCUGGUGGGCGGGAAACCAGCCCCCCCACCGUCAGCUACCGUACACCUCUGCUGCCCUGGAGACUGUGCUCUUGACCUGCUCCACCCCCUUCCCUGGAGGGAGCACCCUCUGGACAAACAGAACCAUCUGAGGCUCACGUUUGGGUUUUGUGACAAGAAGGGGACGUGUUGAGUUUUUCUUCCUUACACUAUAUUUUGGCUGCACACAUGUCUUUAACCCAGGAGCCCAGGGGUAGACAAAGGAGGACUGAGGUAAUCAAUUUUGCACCUUUUUUAUUUUUUAUUUUUUUUUCUUUUGUGGUGACUUCCUUCCCUUUUAUUUUUCUUCAUCCUUCCCGGUCCUCUGCCCUGAUUUGUGUAACUCUUACCUUGGGUACUUGAGCAGAUGGAAUAUUCCAGAGGUGGGGGGUGGGAGGGGAGGGGAGAAAUCCAAAACAAAGUGUUCUUGCUCUGACAGAAUAUUAAUCUUGUACGCUUGGAUUGAGUUAUUUAACUUUUUUCUUUUGCACAUUUUUCUUGUAUUAAGAUUGCUCUUCUCAAGAGCCAUGAGUUGCUGGUUUUAGGAAUCCCGGCUGUCAGCAUUGUGUGGGACUAGAGGCUGAGGGGGAGGCCACCAUCAGGCAAAGGUCCUUACUUCCCUCUGACCCCUUGCCUAGACCUCUUUAGUUUGGGAAAUCCCCCGUACUCUUCUGGGACAAAUACAUCAGUGGGAGUGGAGGGGAAGAGCACAGGCCUUCAGACGGGGCUUCCCAUGCAUCGCUACUGAUCCCAUGUUUCCUACCCACCUUCCAAACGGUGCGACCCAGCUUCAUUUGAUUACUUGAAAAUUCCCCCCGGAGCUGAAUGAACCUCCGAGGUGGCUGUAUUUUCUCCUAAGCACGAGAUGGGAGGCUGUGGUCCUUCCUUUCUCCUGCGGAGAAGAUGGUCCUCGCUCUGGUGACCCUUAAAUUUCAGAGGAGGUCGGAGUGAGAGUGUCAUGUAUUGGGAUAGCCAGGGAUCCCUGCCUUUGGCCUUUCUUCUUCUUCCUAUUCCGUAGUUGGAUCAUGUAUAUUUUACUUCCAAAGGAGAGAAUGUCAAAAAGUUCUGUAUUUUUUUAUAUUCUAUAUAUAAGGUAGGUCAGUCGUAAUUGGUUUCAAGAAGAAGAACUGUCUGUAAUUGUUCUAAGUAGGAUACUGUGAGGAAGACCAAAAAAAGAUGUGGAAGCUCCCACACUUACGGGGCGUGAGCUUGGUCCGUUUCCUCUCUGCUUGGGUUUUGGGCCACCACCUGGGACCAGUCCUCAGCUCUGGAACAUUUAUAUAGCGGGACAGCUUGAUCUGAUUGUCCUAGUACCCGAAGGGAGCAAGGAUUCCCCAAGGCCUGGUGAAGUCCUGACUGCUGAGCAUCCGACUUACGUCAGGAAACCCAGAAAGCAGUCUGCCUUCUCAGAUUCAGUCUCAAAGCCCCCUCUGUUCACAUGAUUUAUCACACAUGGCUGCCUCUCCUGUCAUCAUAGAGACUUCAGCAGCCUGAGUGCUUUUGUGAGAGCUAUUGGUAUCUUCCUGUUUGGGGUCCUGGUACCUGGUUUGGGUCUUGCCCUUCCUUGUAACAACUUGCCUUUUCUUUCUAUUUGAGUAAAGCUAGUGCAGUGCCUCAAUGGCUUCCCUAUGACUCUGGGUGGAUUACAUAUGAUAAUAAAGCCUAGUUGUCAGGGAUUAGGGUGGAGGAAGUUGUCGGCUAAGUAUAGACCAAGUGUGGAACUGCUGAAGGCACAGUUUGAACCUCCCCACCAAUCCCACUGUGGUCAGUCAGAGAGAUGCCCUGCUCCGAGCUGACUUUUCCUUCCCUAAACAGUGCCAUUCUUGCUCCCAUUCCUACACAUCCCCUUCUGGCUCAGGUGAAAUCCAUACCCCUCUGCUUAUAGGUCUAAAGUUCAGGUGUUCACUGUGGGUCAUUGGUCUUGGAUUUGCCCUCUCCUUCUAGUGUUGAGGUCCAGCUCAGGCCAUUUUAUGAGCAAGGUGAUUUGGGGCUGGCAGUUAUCACUGGCAAGUUACACCAAUGCUGUUCUGCCUUGGUGAGUCAGAUGCCACUUAUCAGCUUGGGAGUGAUGACUACCAACCCACAAUCUUGCAGGUAGGCAAGGGACAGGACAUUUUUCACUUGGCCUGCUGCCUCCAUUACAAAACUGUUCCCCUACAGUU